AUGGAUCGCUUUAUUCCUUCUGAUUCUUCGUUUGAAAACUAUCGCUCUUUGCCCAAUAGUGUCAAGACAAGGAAAUCCAUGCCUGACUUAUACUACGUCUCUACCAUUGAAGAUAGACUGUCCUCAAGUAUAAGCACUUUCACCAUAUCUCCACUGCCAACAAGAACAUCUACUGCUGAUUCGGUACUGAACUCCUCAUCUCUCUCCAUCCCCAAAUCUUCUCCUCCUCAUUACAGCGGCAUUAUUGCCCAAGCAUUGGGAUUCAGUACCAAGAAAAGGGUCUUGAACUUCCAUUCAUCUAAUAAUCGCAAUAAGGGCGCUAAGAUGGGAAGAUCUUCACAAUCUUCCAGGCAGUUCAAAUCAACCAAACCUCUUCGUGCGGCAGAUAAUUCCCCGGUGAGCAGCACUUUGGCGGUUAUGGGUCCUUUAUUGACAAGUCUCUCUCCACAACUAGUGGCAAAAUAUUUGGCAGAAAUCCCAGAUGGUGCGAAUGAGCACAAUGAUAUCAAAAAAGGAGAAAAAAAUAUUAAAAUUCAAAUUCCUCAUAAAGUUUUAGAGGCACCGGGAUUGAGAAAUGAUUUCUAUUCUAAUGUUGUUUCCUGGUCAGCUAAAACUGGGAAAGUUGCGGUUGGAUUGGGAUCUCAACUUUUCCUUUGGUCUGAAGUAUCAGGACCAGUUUGUAUCCCCAUUGACGGAAAUCUUGAUACAAUAACUUCUUUAGUGUUUUCUGAUGAUGAUUUGCUAGUGGUAGGCACUAAGCUGGGGAAGCUUACGGUGUACUCCCAAGAGGCAGAGGCAAUUUUGUCGCAAUAUGAAUGUUUUGAAAAAGCCAUCUAUUGCAUUUGUUGGAUCCCAAAAUCUUGUGAAUAUUUUUUCAUUGGUAAUGAAAUUGGCGAAGUUAGUCUUUUCAAAAUCGCCAUGACCUCAGAUAUCUUCAAUUUAGAGUUGGUCAGCACUUUUAGGUCUCAUGAACAACAAAUUUGUGGCCUUGCAAUUUCAAGUGACAGAAAUCAAAUCGCGGUAGGAAGUAACAAUAAUUCAUGUACUCUUUGGGAUAUAACGGAUCUCGAGGCCCCCUCUUUGAAAUUCUCUUUACCACAUCAGGCUGCAGUGAAGGCCAUUGCUUACUGCCCAUGGUCAAGCUCUUUGUUGGCAACCGGGGGCGGAAGUAAGGAUAGGACAUUGAGGUUUUGGCAUACAAAAUCGGGCACUUUAUUAGGAUCUAUGAGUACCAAAGGUCAGGUCACAUCAGUUAUUUGGUCAAGAAGUAGACGUCAAAUUGCUGCAACAUUUGGGUACGGUGAUUUGGUACUGCCGCUACUUGUUAGUGUGUAUUCAUAUCCCAGUAUGACACCAGUAGUCCAGGUUCCGGCGACUCCAAACUCAAGAAUCUUAUCUGCAGUAAUAUCGCCGGAUUAUACGACGGUUUGUGUUGGCACUAAUGAUGAGACUCUUGUAUUUUAUAAACUUUGGCCUACAAAAACUGGCUUAUUUGGUGAUGCCCAAGAUGGUCUUUAUGGAAGUGAUUUGAUUGAGUUAUACGAGGGCAUAGAUAAAGUUGCUGAAGUGAUUAGAUGA